AUCGUACUUGAUCAAACAAUCAGGAAAAACGGAUAGUUUGAGAGGAUAAAAUGGUGUUUUUUUUGUAAAAUGCACAAGCAGAAUGGAAUUCACUUUAAAUUGGAGAUAUUAAAAGUCAAUAAUUACCUGCCUGAUUCUUUACUCUCUGUUCUGUUUGUCCCUUGCAGACCACUGUCCUCUGUCGUCAUGUGUCAGUGGGUGACCUCUAGCCUCUGUGUUGUGAUGCUGCUGCUGCUGUGUCCAGGCAGUUUCAGCUACGAGGGGCUCAGCCCAGGACCUGGCUGUCAUCUAUACCGGUUCAACGUGACCAUCCGUAGUGACCAGCGUGGAACAUGUAAAGGAACUCAUGUUGUGUAUGCUUGUGUUGGCUACUGUGAGUCCAGUGCCUUCCCAUCCCGCUACUCUGUUCUGGUGGCAUCUAACUUCACUCACAACAUCACCUCGGCAUCACAAUGCUGUACCAUCAGCAAGGACGCAAAGAUCAAAGUUCGUCUAGACUGUCCUCGUGGUCGUCACCAUGAUGAUAUCGAGAUCCUGACGGCUCAGGCCUGUCGUUGUGACAUGUGUCGCAAGUCACGCUACUGACAUGCCACGUCACCACGGGAACACACGCUACACGCAACAAAUUGUAACAUGAGGACUUGGAUGAAGAGAAGACAAGGAAAUGUGUGUAUACAAGG